AUGCUAGGCGGAAAGAAAGGGAAUGGCCCUCACAUCUCUUCCAACUCGCACUCGCCAGCAGAGGGAAAGGGAAAUAAGAGUCCAGCAGCAGCCGCUCCGGUCAAAAGGAAGUCGACAGAUCCUAAUAUGACAGAUGGACGGCUGCUAGUCAAUCGAAGAUGCAUUUACGAGCGCCAACUUCCGGGCGAUGCCUAUGUCACCGCGCACGCCGAACGUCUCCAACAUGGCUUUUUCAACAGCAAAAACACCUCGGAUCCAGAGAUCCCCUGUGUGGACUUCCUAGGUGUAAACUUUGUCAUGCACCCUGGCGACUCUAGCAAACAUCGGUUUAAAGCUGCCACGAUCAAAGCGACUAUUCAGAAUCUUCCCAUGGGUGGUAGUACUGAAAAUCCCUACCCUUAUCCACAAGAGAAUCCAAAGUUUCUAAUGCACGCACCUCAUUUGAUCUACGGUGCUGUAUCUCCCGAGACUUUGCAGUGGACUUUCAGCCUGGCCGGCUCGCUAGGCAUCUCUGAAAGUCCCGUCUCCGCAUCGUUCAACCCUUCGGGUUCUAAAAGUGCGUCCUAUAAGCUUUACGAAAUGAUGAAGAUUCAAGGCUCAUGUAGAACAUUGCGAAGCCCCGAUGGCCCCGAAUUUGGCGUUGAAGACGGCGAAAUUGUGUGGUCACUCAGUGAGAAUGGCUUGCAGAGAUCAGGCUUGCCAAGGGAAUUCACAUUUGUCAUGCUAAUACAAAAACCUAGCAUUGACAGCAGGAUUCUGUUCAGACUGGAAAUCGAUCCUGUGAUCGAUGCCUGGUAUGGGAAUUACCCUAAUUGGUGGCUUAACAGGCCAAACUACCAGCCUUUGCCAAAGAGAGCCGUUAACUUUCGCAACGAGUUCGGGCAGCGCUUCACCCCUGUUGACUCAGAAAAAGGCUUCAACUUUGCUAGCUUAGCAAACUCACUGGACGAUUAUGUCAACAUGCCAGGUAGCACCUAUUCAUCGAAUGUGUCGCCUGACGGUGUGUACAACGACCCAACUGGCACGGGCACCUCACGUCCAUCUCAUACAUCAGGACCGACGGAUGGAGGUGGUAUGGAUAAUUCACAGCCUGUAUAUAUUCCGGAAUACCCCCAGUAUCCUCCAUCUCACCCUACUUACUAUCCGCCAAUCCCAAAUGCCGGACGGAUUUGGGACGCAAGUUCGCCCUUUCAGCGAGGAUGGCCACGAGGUGAUCCCUGCUAUGGUGGUUAUAAUGGAAAUACCAGUAACGACCAAAAUAUAAUUAACAUAAGGGUCCUCCUAGACAGCAAUUUCACGUCACAAAUCGCGGCUGCUACCAUGGGAACUACUGCUGGCCAUGCUUCCCCUCGCCUAGAAGCCCCAGGUACUCUUAAAGCCUCAACAGCAUCCAAUGAGACUUCAUCAGGAAGAACGAGGUCAUUGCGUCGAACGCGAUCAAGCGAGCGAUUGAACAGACUUUCUUCCAGUCCCGUCUCAUCGGCGGACACGAAAGUUUUGAAGACUGAUUCAUACCAAUCCAUACAGCCAAAUGGUGUUGACGAGAGUAAUAACACACUAGAUGGGGUUGUUUUAUCUCUUGAUGCUCCAGCAAUGUACGAAAUCAACAAUACUCCGCCGCCUAACAGCAUCCGGGACCCUACCGUUGUCAACGGACACAAAUGGUGGCCUUCCUCUGACAUCUUGGGCCAUGAAACCCCUCUGAACGGGGUCAAUGAAUCAACAACACCUCCUUCAAGUGGCAUGCAAAGUACUCGCACUGUUUCAAGUACCCGCAACAUUCCAAAACGAUCUACUUCCCAAAAUCAAAAUGGCGAUAAAAAUCGUUAUUCAUAUCCUCUACCGCCAAGUGACCGCUAG